AGUUAUAAAUAGCUCAACGCUCAUUACAGGGAGCCACAUUACUCGUUAGUGCCUAAUUGCGAUAACUACCGGAGCGAGCAGUGCCUACUGAAAUCCAAAACUCAGCCAGGAUCUUUUGAAAAAUCUCUACCAGAUCAAUCCAACUAAACAUGCAGUCCUCCAGCAUCUGUGUCCUGGCCAUUUGCGCCUUCGUUCUGGUCUCCUCCAUUACAGCUGCUCCUCUGGACGACUCCCAGCAUGCCACCAUCCUGAGAUACGACAAUGACAACAUUGGCACCGAUGGCUACAACUUUGGGUACGAGACCAGUGACGGUGUCACCCGCCAGGAGCAGGCUGAGCUGAAGAACGCCGGCACCGACCAGGAGGCACUCAGUGUUCGCGGUUCCGUCAGCUGGGUGGCUCCCGAUGGCCAGACCUACACCCUGCACUACAUUGCCGAUGAGAAUGGUUUCCAGCCCCAGGGCGACCAUCUGCCCCACAACUAAGUAUUACAUAGCUGUUGGUGUAGUCAGUAUCAUAAUCAGUAUUUCUUCAUGUUGUUAAAAAAAAACCAGGGUUCUAAAGUAUUUUAAUGUUUGCUCCAAUGAUCAUAUUUCAUUUUAAAUAUAGUGGAUACCAAUACACGUAUACAUCAA